GAAUGUUCCUGUGUGUGCAUGGUGGUCCGACCGAGAGGUGAUGUGGGGGUUUCUUUCCAAGGGGACAUGUGACAUCUCUGUGGGAGGAAGUUCUGAUGUUUAUUUUCCCCCUUGUGAGCGUUCAUAAAAGUGCACAUUGUGGCAAGCCAAGACAAUACGCAUCAGACUCACAACAGAGAAGAUGAGGUGUGUGUCGAUAACCCCUUUGCUGUUCCUCGCUACAGUGCUGUUUGCUCAAGUCACCUGCCAAAUGUCUGGCCCUUCAACCUGCCCUUGUCUCAAGACGUCAGAAACCGUUCUCCGUAAGGAAAAUAUCAGAAGUUACAAGAUACAGAAAGCAGGUGUCUGCCAAAUUGAUGCCGUUCAAUUUAAAACAGUCAGAGGAUUGACUUUUUGCUCCGAUCCACAAAAGCCUUGGGUGAAAAGAGCCAUCGAAUACGUGGACAAGAAGAAGAAUGCAAAUAAAAUGACAGCACGUCCCAUACACUCUACAUCAACAUUUAAAACAACAUCAAUGCUGAAAACAACAUCAGCACCGAAAACGACAUCAAUGCCGAAAACGACAUCAGUGCCGAAAACAACAUCAGUGCCGAAAACAACAUCAGUGCCGAAAACGACAUCAGCGCCGAAAACGACAUCACACUGUGAUAGAACCUAGAUCAACUUCACUUGGACUAUGAGGAUUUCUUGACAUAUGUCUGGAAUGUUUGUGCUGAAUUUUAUUGUAUUUUAAUUAAUUAAAAUGUAUUGCAUAAAAUAUACUGCAUUGCUAUGAAUGUUUUUAUGUAGCUAAGCUUAAUUGAAUGUUUUUUCCCCUCAAUAUGGUUAAUAACCAAUAAAUAUAUGUGGUGUGCAAUUAGGUUAAUGGAACCUGAAGUUCAGAAGUUCUGUUUCAUGUGUUUAUUCAACAACCUGUACAUUAAUUUAUAUUACAAAAAAUUAAUAAAUAAAAGUUAUGUUAAAAUGUUAA